GCCACUGGCAGCAAAUAGGCAAGUUUUGUAUUAUUUCAGGAAGGAAUUAGUUUUUUUUGUUUUGCCAUUCUGAAGACAUUAAGCGUUUUAAUUUAAAAUGGCAGACACAAAAGUAGAAACCAGUUGUGAUAGUCCCGCUAAGGACCUUAAAGAAAAGAAAGAACUUGUAGAAGACAAAGAAAAUGGCAAAGACAAACCUGCAAAUGGAAAGGCAGAGAGUGAGGAAAAUGGCGAGCAGGAGGCAGAAAAUGAGGUAGACGAGGAAGACGAGGAUGAAGUUGAAGAGGAGGAUGAGGAGGAAGAUGAAGGAGCAGGUGAUGAUGAUGAAGAUGAUGACGAGGUUGAGGGAGCUACAGGAAAACGGGCUGCUGAAGAUGAUGACGAGGAUGAAGAUGAUGUUGAAACAAAGAAGCAGAAAACCGAUGAUGAUGAUUAGCUGCUCCCAGCAUGAAACCGCUUCGCAAUUCGCCUGUUGGAAAAGAGAACGUGGUUUUCAUCCACAAGUAGAGAGAGCAGCAUCUGUGCAAACACACCCACUGCACAUUUUUUUAAGAAACUACCAAGACUUCAAGGCUCUACCUUUCUUAAAUACUUUAAAGGAGAAUUUGUUUGUAUUUUUAUUUACAUUUUUAUAUUUUUGUAUAUAUUGUUAGGAGGUCAGCCAUUUUUAAACCGUUAUCUCUCUGGUGACCAAACGGUGCUUUGAAGUUUGAUGCUUCUCUAAGAUAGACUUUACUUGUGGUUUGACCAUGUCAUGUUGUCUCGACACAAAAGUUGUAAAAAAAAAAAAAAAAAAAAAAACGGUGAGAAAAUAUUCAGAGCAUUCCAGUAAUUUUUUUGUGUAUUUAGUUUAGUUGUACCAUAAGUAGUUGGGUUGUAUGAGAUGGCAAGGCCAAAGAAUUUUUUUUUUUUUUUUUUUUUUGUCUAUGAAAUUACUGUUUGUUGCGGCCUGUUUGUAUGUGUGAAACAGUUUGUUGUCCAACAAUAAACCGGAAUUUUAUUUUGCGGA